GGUGGCGGCUUUCUUUGGAAGUAGAAAUGCGCAAAAUCCUUGUUGGUUAAAACUGCUAUGUUUUAUUUGCAAAUUCUGUAUAGAAUACAGAGUGUAUACACCGAAAUCAAGAAUUUAGCACGAAUGUUAUAUCUCAUGUGGGUUGAACGUCAAAUAAUGCGCCGCCGGAAGCUUGCGGUUGGCAUGGUAACAGCAGGGUGCGUAUAGAAUAGAGAUGUGACAGCGGGAGUUUUGCUGACAGUAAGAUGUUUUCUGAUGCGGUGCUGGAGGAGGUAACAGUAGAGUCUGCAUGGCGGAAGUCCCAGGAGUCCCGCUGUGAGUCGAGAUGCUGUCAGACCAUCUCCCUAAAGGCAAAGGAGGCAUCUAACCAAGCCUGCCAUGUUCGUGAGAUGGGCACUCAGACCGAGCUGAAUGCCAAUCAGAGAACCUUGGACGUUGAUCUCGGUCCCCUUCUGGACUACCCUGAUCUGGGCCAAUUUCUGAAACGUGUGGAAGGAAUUAUGAUAAAGGAGCUGAACAAAAACUGGAAAAGUCACGCGUUUGAUGGGUAUGAAGUGAAUUGGGAGGAGCAACAUGAACAGGUAACCUGCCUACACAGCCUCCAGUACCCUGAUGCUUUGGAGCAACAACUUCAGGUCACCAGCGUUUCCUGGAAUUCAACUGGGUCAAUUAUUGCCUGCUCAUAUGGCAGGUUCGGUGACGGUGACUGGAGCACUGAAAAGUCUUACGUGUGCACGUGGAAUCUGGAUCGCAGAGGCUUCAACGCAAACAACCCUGAUACUGUUUUAGAUGUUCCGAGUUCAGUGAUGUGCCUGGCAUGGCACCCCUCACAGCCUUCUCUUAUUGCCGGUGGUCUCUUUAAUGGUGAUGUACUGGUGUGGGACACAAGUCGGACAGAUGACCCCCUGAUUGGAAGGACGGGACAUGUAGGAGACACUCAUACUGAUGCAGUCUAUCAGGUUGGCUGGAUGCAGGAGAAGUCACAAGGCCACCGGCACCAGGUUUUCAGUGUCUCUUCCGAUGGAAAGAUCCUUGUGUGGCAGAUGGAGAAAGAAGGGCACCUGGUAUUAUUGGAUGGCUUCGCCCUGGUAGCUCAGCAGAUCCCUAGCAACACAAAGAUACACAAGCCUGGACGGGGGGACACCGCCGUUGGUGUAACAUGCCUCUCCUAUUCACAUUUUGACCCAAGCCUGUUUAUUGUUGGGGUAGAAGGAGGGUAUUUGUUGAAAUGCUCUUCCAGUGUCCAGACACUGGCUCCAAUCAACAUGGGCUCUUCUGUUCCACUGAGAGCACCGGCGCAGUUCACCUUUUCUCCACAUGGUGGCCCAGUGUACUCCGUCACCUGUUCUCCCUUCCAUAGGAACCUUUUCCUGAGUGCUGGGACAGACGGACACGCUCACCUGUAUUCCAUGCUGCAAGCCAAACCUCUAGUUUCCUUACAACUCUCCCAGAAAUAUCUCUUCAGCAUUCGAUGGUCCCCAGUGCGCCCCUUAGUGUUUGCUGCAGCCUCAGGUGAUGGGGAGGUGGUGCUGGUUGACUUUGCUAAGAGCUUCCAGAAGCCCUCGCUGUGCAUAAAGCAGACAGCCAGUGGAAGGCCAGUUUAUUGCCUGGAAUUUAAUCAUGCACAAAGCCAACUUUUAGCGGCCGGGGACGGCACUGGGACUGUGAAGAUCUGGCAGCUGAGUUCAGACUUUAUAGAGCAAAGAGCUCGAGAGACGGCCCUUUUGGAUGAAAUUGCCAGCGAGGUUGUAGGCUGAACUUGGGGCUCAUUGGGGCCCGCAAUGGAAUCAGGACUAACACAGAUCAGAUUGAUACAAAUAAAAUAGAAGUUAGCUAAGGUACAGGAGUGUAAAUAACACACAGUCUGUUUUCAGUGCCAGCUGCUGGAGUGUAUGAAAAUGGAACAGACCAUGAAUGCUAAUGUAUAGGUAUAUAUAAUUCUAGUAUAGGAUGAGGCCAGUAGGCAGAGCCAGAGAAGACACCAAUCCUGCAAAAACAAACAAACAAAAAAUUAACCUCAUUUCUGUCUUGCAGGACAUUAUUAAAGGACAAGUAACAAGUCACCUUUCCCAAUGUUCUACUCAGUUCUGAUAGCAUGCAUCUGCAGUAAAAUACAAUCUGCCACUUUAAAGCAGUUCAGCUGCUUGUAAUAGAGAAAUAGAAUCUGCAUGUGGGGGAAGGUAUGUUAUUCUGGGGGCCAUUUAGAGUAAUUUUAGGGGAUUUCAAACUAAAAGGGAAGAUUGGAAGAUCUACAGGGGCUGGGACUCACAUGAACCAUGAAAAAUCUUGAUUUCACUUUGUGACUGUGAUAAAUAAACAAUAUCAUUAUCCAUAGA